UUCAUUAUUUUGUUGGCCAAAACAAAAUAAUAGAGAUACAAGUCGACUGAUUAUUUUUCUUCUUCCUCUCCAUCUCUCUGUCUCUUUCUCUCGAUCGAAGUCGAACUGGCAAUGGAAGAAGAUGGAAUCAAAGGAGAUGGAAUUAGAGGACAAUCGGGUCAGAGGAGAUGCGACGGAGAUUGAAUCGGCCGAGGCUAAUCGGAGGGUUUUGAAUCGAGUCCGAGAUUGUAUCGGAAGAGAACAAACCCUUAUAUAAAGAUCUCUGUUUUUCAGACAGAUCAUCGGAACAAAAUGUCAUCGUCAGGAUCCGACAAAGAGAGAGAGACUUUUGUGUAUAUGACUAAGCUCUCCGAGCAAGCUGAGCGAUACGACGAGAUGGUGGAGACGAUGAAGAAAGUGGCGAGAGUGAACAGCGAGCUGACGGUGGAAGAGAGGAAUCGGUUGUCGGUUGGUUACAAGAACGUGAUCAGGGCGAGAAGAGCUUCGUGGAAGAUAAUGUCGUCAAUCAAGCAGAAUGAAGAGUGCAAAGGCAAUGAAUCGAAUGUGAAACACAUCAAGGGUUAUCGCCAAAAGGUAGAAGACGAGCUCGCCAACAUUUGUCAAGACAUUCUCAAACCUCACUGAUCAGCAUCUCAUCCCUUAGUGAUUUAAUGCACUGGUUACUAACUAGAUGUUAGUUGAGAUUGUGUUGCAGGUUUGAAUCAGAGAUUGUUUCAAAAUUGAAACAUGGAUGAUUCGGGUUUUCUGCAUUUGUUUUGUCCCUCCAUGCUUGCUGCUUCAGCUAUUUACACAGUAAGAUGCUCAUUGAACAAGUCCCCAGCUUGGACUGAUACAUUGCAGUUCCACACCGGCUACACAUAAUCUGAGAUUAUGUAAGAAGAGAAAAGACUUUGAAAUAUCAUCAUCUGUUUUGUUUUGUCUCUUAACUGCAGAAAUUUAUGUUUGUUCUAUAGGGACAUCUGUUUUGUUUGGUCUCUUAACUGUUAUAUUUGUUCUUUGUUCUACAUUGCAAUCUCUCUUGAGCGCUGCUUCUGAUUUGAAGAAGUCUGCUCUUCUUGGGUUUAGACAAAGGUAGUAGUGUUAGUGAACUCCUUUUGGUUUAAACUCUUGAUCUUUUCUUCAUGUAUUUUGGUAUGACAUAAGUUACCUUCCUAUGGUU